CAGGUUGCUUAACUAUUGUCUGAGGUGAUUGGGAGGAGUGGUUCGAUUCAACAUGUACAAUUAACAUUUUGAGGAUUCAAAUGUCAUGGACAAGUUGCAACCAUAGAAACCAUGCUUCUGAACCUGACCAAUGGGAGCUGCCAAAUCCCUCUGGCAAGUGACAGAGUGGGUCUGACCUACAUCUACAGCCUUGCUUUCUCUAUUGGACUCCCGGCUAACCUGCUCUCCCUCUGGGGACUGUACCAGCUAGGCCGGUCAGGAGGAGGCGGCUGCCAGCUGGUCUAUAUCCUAAACUUACUGCUUUCAGAUCUUCUCCAGCUACUCACCUUGCCACUGUGGAUCCUUUACCUGCAGGGGGACCACCACUGGCCUUACGGAUCUGUGACCUGCCAGCUAGUGGGCUACGUUUUCUACGUUAACCUCUAUGCCAGUGUCAUUUUUCUUUGCCUCAUUGCCCUGGACCGCUGUCUAGCGAUCGUGUACCCUCUCAGCAGCCGUGGGGUACGGAAAGUGCGGGUGGCAGCAUUUUCUGGUGUAGUAGUGUGGACUUUGAUAUUUCUCUUCUGCCUGACUGGCCUCUACCCAUCUGUGUUCGAGCCCCAGAGAGAGCUGUGUCUGGAGCAGUACACUGUGAGCAUCAGAUAUGCUUACUUUAAAAUCGUCACAGUCGCUUUAGGGUUUCUGAUGCCCUGCUCUAUUCUAGGUGACAGAGUGGGUCUGACCUACAUCUACAGCCUUGCUUUCUCUAUUGGACUCCCGGCUAACCUGCUCUCCCUCUGGGGACUGUACCAGCUAGGCCGGUCAGGAGGAGGCGGCUGCCAGCUGGUCUAUAUCCUAAACUUACUGCUUUCAGAUCUUCUCCAGCUACUCACCUUGCCACUGUGGAUCCUUUACCUGCAGGGGGACCACCACUGGCCUUACGGAUCUGUGACCUGCCAGCUAGUGGGCUACGUUUUCUACGUUAACCUCUAUGCCAGUGUCAUUUUUCUUUGCCUCAUUGCCCUGGACCGCUGUCUAGCGAUCGUGUACCCUCUCAGCAGCCGUGGGGUACGGAAAGUGCGGGUGGCAGCAUUUUCUGGUGUAGUAGUGUGGACUUUGAUAUUUCUCUUCUGCCUGACUGGCCUCUACCCAUCUGUGUUCGAGCCCCAGAGAGAGCUGUGUCUGGAGCAGUACACUGUGAGCAUCAGAUAUGCUUACUUUAAAAUCGUCACAGUCGCUUUAGGGUUUCUGAUGCCCUGCUCUAUUCUAGGGUACACCUCUGCUCGAAUCGGGCUGACUCUACGAAACUCCUCGUCUGUCGCGGAUCACGAACGCCGCAAGAUUGUCGCAACCCUGGUUGUCAUCACUGUCAUCUUCAUUGUCAUUUUUGGUCCCUAUCAUCUGGUGGUCGGCUACAGAUUUGUCAGCCUGCUUCUCACAGAAAGUGAAAAAGACCAGUGUUCGGUGGAAGUUUCGCUUUACCUUUACUAUCGAAUCUGCUACGGGCUCACCAGCCUCCACACCCUUCUAGACCCUCUUUUCUACAUCUUUCUUUGUAACGAUGCUCGUCAAGAGCUUCGCAGAUCUCUUCUCUGCCCGUGCCGGGGUCAUAGGGUGCACCAGGGAUCACGAGUAACAUCUUUUCCCAAAAGUCGCCUCAAUCACAGUGUAGAUGUGUAGCUGUCUCAUACAGAUGCUAAUCAGAGUUGGAGUCUUUGUAAGGCACGUGCUGAAAACAAGGUUUUCACACAUGACGUGAAAAUGUCUUAUCAGACUGAGAUUUGACAAAUUGUCAAAAACGUCAGUGAUGUAAUUACGACACGGCUGGUAUGAGGCAGUGGCACGUCCUCUGGAUCUCUGUCAGUAGAGCUACGUCUUCAGUAUCUUCAGUCAAAUGUUUAGUCUGCCAGACAGCCUGAGGAGAUUCUAAUGCGUUCUCUAUAUUGCUUAAAAU